AUGGCUGUUUCAUCUCUCCACAAUAUCUCACUCUCUGCUUCGUGGAACCUUAAUUCCACCUCCAAUGUUCCACGUCCACAUAAUCCCUUCAAAACCAACACUCGCGGAUCCCUUUUUCUUCUUCACAACCCCAAGGGAUCCAAAUUCCAUCCCAUAGUAACCAAAAAACUCCACAUUUCACCAGCACCCACAACAGAAUUUUCGCUUUGUAGCUGUUUAUUACCACCCCAGAACGAUAUUCCCAAGAUUCUUGUUAAAAAUAUUGCAACAGUAUUACUGGGAUCACUUAUUAUCGUGGGCUCUUUAAAAUCUAGGCCUCUACUGGCACAGCCUGUUCAAGAAACCGAGAGUCUGGACCAAAAAAGAGAGAACUGGAAUGGGAAAAGUAGUGCAACUGAAGAAGAAGAGGUGAUGUAUGUGAAAUUAGUGCAAGAAAAUCCAAAAGAUGUUGUGGCUCUGAAGAUGGUCGUUAAUGUGAAGAUGAGGAGUGGGAAGACUAAAGAGGCAUUGGAGUAUGUGGAGAGAUUGAUUAAAAUUGAGCCUAGUGAAAUGGAGUGGAGGCUUCUGCAGGCUCUCUGUCAUGAAAUGUUGGGAAAUUUGGGUAAGGCCAAGAGCUUGUUCAAAAACAUACUCAAGCAGAGGCCUCUCCUGCUUAGAGCUCUGCAUGGUCUGGCAAUGGUAAUGCAUAAGAAUCACGAAGGUCCAGCUGUUUUUGAGAUGUUGGAAAGAGCUUUGGAGGUUGCUCGUCUUGAAAAAAGAGUCAAUGAAGAGCGAAAUGUAAGAAUAUUGAUUGCGCAGAUGCAUAUCAUAAAGGGAAACUUCGAGGAGGCGUUGGAUAACUUUCAAGCUCUUGUUAAUGAAAAUCCAAGGGAUUUUCGACCUUAUCUUUGCCAGGGAAUCAUUUAUAGCCUGCUGGACAAAAAGAAGGAAGCUGAAGAAAACUUUGAAAUUUAUCGAAGUCUUGUGCCUGACGAGUUUCCACAGAGGGGAUUUCUUGAUGAUGUCGUCUUGGCGGCAAAAACAGAGUCAAGGCAACAGCUCGAAAAGGAGUUGCAAAGCUAA